AUGUUUAGGAAAAAUAAGGUUGGUAUUGGUGGUUUAAUGGAAACUAAGUUGCAAGGGAGGAAAAUUGACGAGUUCAUGGAACAUAGAUUUCCUAAUUGGGACUAUUUUUCUAGCCCAAACACAGAAGUUGAUACAAGGAGGAGCCUGUGGCGUGAUCUAUCUCGUAUAUCUCUUUCUGUCAAUGCUUGGAUGGUCAUUGGGGAUUUUAAUGCACCAUUUUCAGCUGGUGAUAUAUCUAGUGGCUGCCCUAUAGCUAGCUCUGAAUUGGGGGAUUCUAUUGGGUGGAAAUCUAUUGCUAAAGUAGAGGCUAUUAAAAGUAUGGGUUCUUACUUCACAUGGACAAAUAAUCAAGAUGGUUUAGCUAGGAUCUAUUCCAAAAUUGAUCAUGCAAUUAAUGAAGAUUGGCUGGAUGUUUUUCCUCAAAGUUUGGCUGUUUUUCAAUGGGAGGUGGUGUCGGAUCAUUGUUCAUGCAUUGUUUCUAAUAUUGCCUUGAAGUCUAUGGGAACUAAACUUUUCAAGUAUUAUAAUUUUUGGUCCAGUCACCCGGAUUUUAAUCAAUUAGUAUUGAAGAGCUGGAAUGCCCCUGUGCAAGCAUCUGGUUUGAAGGCUAUUUUUGCUAGGCUUGUUCGGCUGAAACAUCAACUUAAGAAGCUUAAUAGGGACUGGUUUGGGGAUGUGGGUCUAGGCUAUCAAGUGGCUAUGGAAGCUCUUCAAACUGCCCAGUUUCAAGCUCAAGCGAGGCCUCUCGACUUUCAGUUACAAGAGGCAGUCAGGGAAAAGGCUUCAGAAUUUCACUAUCAUGAACAGAUUUAUCAUAGUUUCCUAGUCCAGAGAAGCAAGAUCAAUUGGAUUAGGAAUGGGGAUGUGAACUCCUCUUUCUUUCAUGCUUUCCUGAAGAAGAGGAAAGCUGUGAAUUCUAUUGGUUCAUUUAUUAAUGAAAAUGGGGAAAUAAAAGCAGCGUUGUUUAGUAUUCCUAAUACUAAAUCGCCUGGUCCUGAUGGCUAUGGUUCCGGUUUCUUCAAAUCUAUGUGGAAGGAUAUUGGUCAGGAUAUUUGCUCAGCAAUUACUCAUAGUUUCGCCAUGGGCCAUUUUCCUAAAGAGCUGUAUGAAACAACUUUAUCCUUUAUUCCUAAAGUUGCGAAUCCAGCUAGGGCCUCCGAUUACAGACCUAUCGCUUAUGAUGUAAUCCUGUUUUGUAAAGGCUCUGUAGAGGCUGUGACUGUCCUAAAAGACUCUCUUAUGAAGUUUAAUGAUGCUUCUGGGUUGGCUAUUAAUUCUAAGAAGUCCCAAGUUUAUUUUGGAGGGGUAAUAGCAGAGGAUAGGAUUGAGAUUCAGCAGGUUCUGCAACUUCCAGCUGGGUCCUUUCCUUUGCAUUAUCUUGGAGUGCCAUCGAGGCCUACAAAAUGGAAGCACAUGGACUGUGAAAUCAUUAUCCAAAAGAUGAGAGUGAAGUUGUUUUCCUGGUCAAGUAAACACCUAUCUUAUGCAGGUCGUUUACUUCUCAUUCAAACUGUCUUGGCUGGUUUAAGGAAUUUCUGGAUGUCUGUUUUCAACUUACCUCAAAGUAUCAUUAAGGAAGUGGAAAAGUUGUGCAGGCAGUUUCUUUGGGGGGCCUCAGGAACUCGAAGCAAGUUUCAUUUGGCUUCUUGGUAUCAAGUUUUCUUGCCUAAGGCGUACGGUGGUCUUGGUCUUAGGGAUGGUUCUAGCUGGAAUAGGGCCCUUCUCGCCAGGAAUAGGUUCUGUGAAAGAGAGAUCCUGGCUGCUGGUUUAUCAGGGAUAUUCAAGCCUUCUAAGCUGUAUAACAGCUCCCUAAACCAGCAAGUUGUAGCUUACAAGAAUGGGAUCUGGUGUCGCACUAUUCUCCUUAAGCAUAGGUUUUUAUUAUGGAUGGCUGUAAACUCAUUCCUCCUAACUAGAGACAACUUGGCCAAAUGUACCAUUGACAGCCUUCUGUGCCCUGUUUGUGAAGACCAGUGGGAAAGUCACAGCCACCUAUUCUUUGACUGCUGUUUGUCCAAGAAAGUACUGAAGUGA